UUCCCAAUAAGAAAGCUCCAACCCAGAUACUUCCCAACACCCUGUUUUCCAAGUCAAAAUCACAUGCGCAUUCUCUAAAUAUCCGAAUAAAAACUUAUGUUUCCGGCGAAGAAAAUUCGAUUUUGGAAAAACUCAUGUAGAAAGUAAGAAAGAAGCUUUCCCGACACGGUUUCGCUAUUCCAGUUCGACUUAUCGUGCGCAACGGUCGCCCAUACCCAGUCCUGCUUUUCCUACAAUUUUUCCCAUAAAAUAUUUCUUUGUUUAUAGAAAUGAUGAUUUUGAUGGAUACCUGCUGAAUCAGAAUCUGAUCAGUUGGAAAGUACCCACGAUCUUUCCAUGAGACAUUUUCCUUUUGAUGUUGGUGUUUUUGUAAUGGGCCGAGAUACAAGUGGUCCGGACGAAUUAUAAACAACCAAGUUGGUGUGUCGCGUGCCUUUCUAAAUAUAAAUAUGGUGAAUUUUUGAGAUUUUCAUCGGUCGAGAAAAGAAUUAAUUACGUCAUUGUGAAAAUGUUGUGGAAUUUGUGUAAAUUGACGUCAUCGUUGGGAGCGAGAGAUGCAUGCAUAGUGAAUUUGUCCCAAGUGAUUGUAGCGAGUUUAUCUUGUUUUUGGAUUUUUUUGGUUGGAUCUUAUUUGCUGGUGAAGCAUCGGAAGAGAUCUUCCAGUGGGUUACAUCGCUUCCACAACAUUCGUUCGGCACUGGAAUUGUUGCUAUUCAUUGUUGGUACCUUGGAGUUAGCCGCAGCACUUCUGCCUGUAGACAUACAGGGUCGACAGGCCGAUGCCAGACAAGGUAGAGCUGUUGGGGAUGGGGGAUCCGGACCACCCCCAAACAAGUAUCAUCAGCAUGUGAAAAUUCCAUUUAGGACUGCAAGUGCUAUUCUCUCCCUGAUUGUUUCAGUUUCUAUGGGAAUUUAUCACCAUGUGGUGGAGUUGAAAAAUUGUUCAGUAUUUCUUUAUCAUAGUGCUGUCGCACUCUCAGCAGUAUUGAUUGCUCGUAUAUACCGAGUAGUAGAUAUCACACAGUAUUACGACAGUUCACAUUUAGAGGUUUUCAUACAUUCGAAAACUCUUUGCUUGUUAUUGGGAUUGGUAUCAAUCGACGCAUAUAUUCUCUAUAAAGAGCGACAUAAAACCAGAGUGAAACCAAUUAAGGAUGACGGUCUUAAGGAAAAGAUUGGGUACAAGCAUUCCGUUGCGCCAUUUAUGUCGAAAGUAUUGUUUUGUUGGCUUACUCCUCUUUUUUGGAGUGGCUAUAGGAAUCCUCUAGAACAAGAGGACAUUGGAGUUUUACGUGAAGAGGAUAGCGCUCGAUCACACUACGACCAAUUUCUUUUUAUCUAUAAGACGGAAAAGUCAAAGUACGCUCAACUCUGGUUCUGCUACUUAAAAAGCAGUUGGAAGCUGUUCAUCCUUGGAGGAUUAUUGAAACUGCUCGGUGAUUUAUCAGCCCUGGUUGGACCAUUAUCGAUUUACCACAUUGUCGAGUACAUUCAGUCACAACAACAGUAUCGGAAUCAGGAACGGUAUGCGGAGCAUAAAUUGCAUAAGGAUAUACACAAGGCGAAUGGCAGCCACGUUAGUAAUGGCAGCGUGUCAAUAGGACACUGGGGAUAUGGAACUGGGGCGACUCAUACAACAACGAGCAUGCCGUCAUCGUCGAAUGAUGUUGCCACUAUUGCUACUACAAUACAAGACGCCAUUAUUUACUAUCCUGGAUGGGGUGAAUUGCUGUCAAACGGUUGGGUAAUUGCCUGGCUUGUCCUUUUAUCGUCGCUCGUACAAGGGGCCCUAUCGCAGGCCGCCACACACAUUGUAAAUAUGAUUGGGAUACGAAUUAAGACGUCGCUGCAAGGACUCGUCUAUCGAAAAACAUUAUUGCUGAGCUCGAGUUGCUUGUAUAAACCGGCGGACGGGCCAGCAGCGUCAAUACCGGAAGCGCCAGGACCAGGAGCACGGAAGGGCCGAAAUGGUGGAGAAUCGACCGAAACGGACUCAUUAACACUUGCCAUGAGUGCCAAGGAUGUGGGAGCUAUUACCAAUUUAAUGUCGGAGGAUGCUCUAAAUGUCAUGACAUUUUUCUGGAUAGCACACUAUGUUUGGAGUAUUCCGUUGAAGGUCGGCAUCCUAAUGUACUUGCUGUACCUUAAAUUGGGGAUGAGCGCCAUUAUUGGAUCGCUCGUAUGUAUCCUGACAAUGAUUCCAUUGCAAUUUCUUAUCGGCAAGGCCAUGUCGAACAAUGCAGAGCGAACGGCGGAAUGUACGGAUCAGCGCCUUAAGAAAACAAACGAUAUCUUUUUGGGUAUAAAAUUGAUUAAAUUGAACGCGUGGGAGAAAGUGUUCCAGGAGAAAAUCACACAAACUCGUAAUGAGGAGUUAAGACAUUUGAAUCGGGAUUCCGUUUACUGGUUUUUAAUGACAACACUCGCUCACAUCUCAUCUGUCUUGAUAACAUUUGUCACGUUGGCAGUUUUUAUCAAGCUAGAAACUGACGUCCCUUAUGUAAAUGCCGUGAGGAAUGGCACAAGGAUGAGUCCUUCACCGUCAGGAGGCCAUUUGAAUUUUCCAGAUGACGCCAACAUAGCAAUGGACUCGGAGCGAGGAACCUUAGAAUUCACUGCAAGUCGUCUGUUCUCGGCAUUGGCACUUUUUAAUCAGCUAACCGUCCCGCUGUUCAUAUUCCCCAUAACGGUCCCCAUUAUAAUAUCGGCCAUAGUGAGCACGCGGCGCCUGGAACGGUUCCUUCGUGAGCCUGAGGUCGAACGAGAGUUCGAAGGAAUCCGGAAUAUGGCACGAAUUUUAAGUAAAAGUGACGCCUCGUUAGAUAUGUAUGAAUCCUCGAACGAGCCAUCGACCGUUGAAACUUUAUCGACAAUUUCGGCAGAUCAACACAUAGUAGUUACGCCCGCGGACCCAGAGACACCACCUCCGUCAACUCCGUCACCUAUGCCUCAGUUCCAGACAUUAUCCAAGGAGCCUAUUGCACGCCUCCUGCAGCGGGAUUUCAACUCCUUGCCACGGAAGAAGACUGAACUUGUCCGUAAUUCCCGUGUGGAGAGCGUUCGUCUCAGACAAAAGCCGGCAGCAAGCAGGGAGAGCAUACGUUUCAGUGCAUCCGAAAAUACAGCCGUCUCAAUUUCGAAAGCCUUGUUCUCGUGGGACCGUGGGAAUUCACGUCUAACAGUGGAUCAUCUGGAAAUACCAAAAGGGAAGCUUACGGUUGUUGUCGGACGGAGUGGAAGCGGAAAAACAUCUCUGAUAUCGGCUCUUCUGAAGGAAAUGCAUCAACUUUCCGGGGAUGUUGUGUGGAAUAAAUAUGCCACAAUUGCCUACGUUCCGCAGAUUCCCUGGCUCUUGAAUUCCACCAUACGUGAAAAUAUCCUUUUUGGAGAAUCCUACCGACCGAAACGCUACGAUAAAGUCCUGGAUGCGUGUGCUCUGAAACCGGAUCUGGAGCUGAUGCCGGCAGGUGAUAUGACUGUGAUAGAUGAGCGUGGGAUAAACUUAUCUGGUGGACAGAAACAGCGAGUGGUCAUCGCCCGGGCUCUGUACUCAUCGGCUAAUGUUAUAAUUAUGGACGAUCCACUUUCAUCUUUAGAUAAUGAAGUUGCAAAGCACGUUUACGACAAUAGCAUUAAAAAGAUGCUUCCAAGAGCGGGCAGGACGGCUAUCAUGGCGACUCAACGGUUGCAGUCAGUCUACGGUGCAGACUAUAUUAUAGCCAUGAAGGACUCGACUGUGGAGGCGGCAGGUACGUUCAGUGAGAUAGAGCGGAAGCAUCCGAAAGUUAUGACGGAAUGGAAUGCAAUAAUGUCGAAAGGUAGUGCCGUGGAACAAAUCAGUAGCGGAAGAACGGCUAGGGAACGAUGGAGACUGUUCAAGAAUAUUUCGAAAUUGGGUUUGCAGAGAUUGCAAAGCAACGAAGCGGAAAAUAUGUCAUCGACGCCAUCCCUCCUCCGCACUACCUCGAUAUCAUCGAAACGACGACAAAGUAUCUACGGUUCUCGUCAUUUAACAUAUGAAAUCCCAUUGCCAAUUGAUGAGUGUCAAAACGAUGAUUUAAUAAUCCUGCGACGAGGAAGUAAACGAAAUCGAAAAUGUCAUUCGUUAGAAUUGGCAGCGGGAGCUAGUGGCGGCCGAAAAAGUGUCCUUAGAGUGAAUUCACUUCAAACGCAACCCUUGCAAGGGGACCGACGAUCCGUGUCAAGGAUAGUUUCCUCGCCGACAUCGUUGUACGAUACAAGGAUUAAGAUACCAGAUAGUGAGCUAAAAACGAAAUCUGGAUUUAGACAGUUUUUGAAUAGGAUGUCCUCGAGGCGGUCAAAUAAUGACAUGAGGAGUCACAAGCCGUUGAGGGUGUCAAACUCAAUCCAGAGCAUAUCCGAAGAAGUUCAUCUUCCUGUAACGAGACUGGUCUCCGAUUCUUCAAACAGCAGUGGUCUAAUUGAUGACGAAUCAGUAGCAGAUUUAGACGACGAUGACUCAACCAAGUUCAUUUACGACGAAGAGCGGAAAUACGGCGAAAUUCCUCUGAAAAUUUAUCUCUACUAUCUCAGAUCCUGUGGUAUCCUUAUAGCUUUAUUUUAUUUGCUUUCCACGCUCAUUUGGCAGUGCAUCAAAGUUUACACAGAUAUUUGGCUACGCUAUUGGACCGACAAGGAUCAAAAUGCCGGCAACAACAAUUCAAUGUAUUAUUUCCAAAUCUACGCUUUGAUUUCGAAUCUCUGCAUAGUCAUCGCCUUGCUAUCAACGUCGGCAGGACAAGUUGCAGGAUGUAAAGCAAGGAGAAGGUUACACAAUCGCAUGCUCGAGGCGGUUUUCUCGAAAUCAUUUUAUUUUUUCCAAACCACACCGUUGGGAAGGAUAUUGAACCGUUUUAGUAAUGAUAUGGCGAUUGUUGAUAAGAAAAUCGCCGCCACAAUCCAGCGACUACUACAAUUCCUGCUGCUCUGCUUGUUUGCUGUUUUAAUAAACACCACCAUCACGCCGUGGUUCAUGAUACUGACAAUACCCAUCUGUGCGGCAUACUACUUCAUACAGAAGUUCUACAGGUGCUCAUCCAGGGAGCUGCAACGUAUUGAGAGUAUUACUAGCUCUCCGGUCCUUUCGCAUUUCACGGAGACUGUUGAGGGGGUGACAACUAUUCGAGCCUACAAUCAGGAGUCCAGAUUCACUGAGAUGCUGUUCAAGAAAUUGGAAGCCCAUAAUGCUGCUUUUAUUGUCCUGAACACGAGCAACAGAUGGCUUGGAAUCGCAUUGGAUUGCUUGGGCGGCGUGAUAGUAUUCGUAGCCAUUGUAACAGCGUUGAUUGUUGCCUCUAUUGGUAGCGGCCAGUCGAGCGAGGAAGACACUCCAUUACCAUUGUCUGCCUCCAUGGUCGGGAUGGCCAUCAACUAUACACUCUUUAUCCCGAUUUACCUGAAUUGGGUCGUAAAAUUGUUGGCCGAUAUGGAAAUGUAUAUUGGAGCGGUGGAGCGGAUAGCUUACUAUAGCGAGCCCGAUGAUAACAGCAAGAACGAGGAUACUGGAAAAGUGUACAUGUCUGUGCCAAUUUCUUGGCCUACACAAAGUGAUAUUACAUUUCAAAAUGUGAGCUUACGCUACGAAGGGAAUCAUCAAGAUGUUAUUCGAAAUUUGACACUGAAAAUUCCCACUGGACAGAGGAUUGGAAUAUGCGGUCGGACCGGGAGUGGAAAAUCAUCUCUGGUCCUAUCACUUUUUGGUGUCCUGCGAGUGGUAGAAGGUCAAAUCCUAAUUGACAACGUUGAUAUCUCCACCGUGAGUCCAGAUGAAAUUCGCUCGAGAUUAUCAAUAAUUCCCCAAGAUGUCCAUUUGUUCAAUGCAACCAUCCGUGAGAAUUUAGAUCCACGUGGAUAUUACACGGACCUGCAGCUGUGGAAUUGCUUGGAGCUGGCUCAACUUAAGGAUGUCGUGAAUAAACUGCCACUCGGACUAGAGACCGAGAUUGUGGACGGUGGCUCGAACUUGAGCGCUGGCCAGCGGCAGCUAUUCUGUCUGGCUCGGGCGAUAUUACGGGGGUCGGUUUGUUUAAUUCUGGAUGAGGCUACCAGUUCGCUGGAUAGCGAGACAGAAACGGCCCUCCUACAGGCGGCAGAUAACGCGUUCAAAGGACGAACUAUUAUUACGAUUGCGCAUCGUCUUACAACGAUAUUAAACUAUGACAGGAUAAUUGUGCUAGAAAAUGGGGCUGUCGUUGAGGAUGGAUCGCCUAGUGAUUUGCAGGAGAUUCCGGAUGGAAAGUUUGCAACUAUGCUCAAGAGUGAAACUACUUAAGUUGUUUAUAGAAAUUUGUAUCUUAUUGUAUAUUUGAUGUUGAAUGUUUUUGUACGUAAGAUUUAUGUA